AUGGGAACAAAAGAGAAACCUUGUUUGUGGCUGACAAUCAAUGAUACUACAAACGUUCUAUCACUCAGGAAACAGGAACUAAGAAAACUGACGGGCGCACUCACAGGACAUUGUCCUCUGAGAAUAUUGCAAACAUCAUUUAAACUCCAAGACACGGUAACUACCCAUAUCAUAAGCGUGUAUGCACCGGAUAUAACCAAGCCCUCAGAUGAGAAAGAAGCCUUCUACGAAGACCUGCAAAAGGUUCUCGACCGAAUACCAAGAAUGGAGGAAGUCAUCUUGCUGGGAGACUUCAAUGCUAGGGUUGGUAAUGGUGUGAUAGGAGGAUUGAAAAACCGAUUCAAUGAGGAGACCAUCAAUGAAAACGGCGAACGACUAAUUCAAACAUGCGCACAAAAUGAAUUGAGAGUAAACAACACAUUUUUCCCGCACAAAUCACAGCAUAAAUUCACAUUUGAAAACUCAAGAGGUCAGAAAUCAGUAAUUGAUUAUGUUAUCACUAAUAAAAAUAUCCAUCCAUCAAAAAUAUUAGAUGUGAGAGUCUUGAGCCCAGCUGAUACUAUAACCGGCCACAACCUCGUCCUGGCGAAAAUCAGAAACGAAGUGCAAAGGGGAAGUAAAACCAAACCAACCCAAAUUAAAAAGUUAAAUAAUCGAAUCGUUGUCUGA